AUGACCGAGGCUAAAGUUUUGUGGCAGAGACAUUAUCGUUUGCCGUCUGUAAUUGGUGCCCUUGAUUGUACUCAAAUUGAGAUACAAAAGCCAGGGCUGCACGGUGAUGAGUAUAUUUGUAGAAAAGGAUAUCCUAGUAUAAAUGUCCAGGCAACAUGCAAUGCAUUGGAACAGUUUACAAGUAUUAGUGCAGAGUGGCCCGGCAGUGUUCACGACGGCAGAGUGUGGAGGAAUAGUCAUGUCAGAGACAUCGUGACAGAAGAAAGGGUUAUAAUAGAAAGAUGUUUUGGCCAGUUAAAAAGGAGAUUCCCAAUCCUGAGAAACUGUGUUAGAGUUGCAUUAAACAACAUUCCACAAGUGGUAGUCAGUUGCGCUGUGCUACACAACAUUGCCAAGUAUCUAAAGGAUGACUUUGAGUAUGGGGAUCUUGAUAGCGUCCCAAAUGAAGAUGACCAACCUGGGGUGGUUCGUUAUGAAAAUCCCGACACAACAUUAAGAGGCAAAGACAAGCGUGCUAAUAUGAUGGCGUAUUUGAAUAUUCAGUGA